AUUUCAGUUUGCGUAUAUAAUCGUUCCAAUUCAAAUCGGGAUCUAAAUUUGGAAAGCUUGUUGAGGAAGCUGAAACUCACACGAACCCAAGCUUACAAGAAGCAGAAGCUGAAGUUAGCUGAAGUUCCUUCAUCACUUUCUCUCUCAAGAUGAUGAUUCCGAAUGAUGAUGCUGAACCUGCUCACCAUGCUCAUGCUUAUAUGGAAGAGGCUAUGGAUAAGGUUUUCAAAAUAAACCGUGAAAUUGGAUUUCAUGUACUGUUCACCUUGCUGCUCAAUUGCUGUGAAGAUUGGUAUAUGAUACUGGGUGCUAUUCUGUGUUUUGCUACUUCCGAUUUUUUCUCGUUUUCACGUCGCAUGUUUACCGAACUUCGCCAUCAACUCUAUCUCAUGCUGAUCUGCUUUGUGUUUUCCACAGCAGGGUUGAUGCUUGUUUUUCAUGGUGCUACAAAGGACAUCAGUGUGAAGCUUUUGAAGCUUUUCUUUAUGCACAUGUGGUUUGCUGCAUUUGUUUUCCUCCGUCAUUGCUCCACACCCUUUGCAGAAGUAUUUGUGAACAAUGUGUUAGAGUCUGCCUACCAGAUUUAUUUGAUUAAGGGUGAAAGGGUCCUGAACUUCAUUGACUCUAUAAUUGAUGAAGUUCAGGACAAAUGCUUAAAGUUGAAUCGUAUAUUGGUUUUCCACUGUGUUAUACUCUCUCUGAAGUAUCAUAGCUCACCCACCAAGCUACUAGCCAUGGCAGCAGCAACUUUUUUCUUGGUACUUUCAGAUUUUCUGUCUUUUGGUUGGGGUGCAUUGGAGGGAGUGAACCAGAAAAUCAAUUUACUGCUCACAUGCCUAGCAGUAUCUGGGAUUGGAAUUGCAACAUUGGCACUACACAGCUCUGAAGACCUCCAUAUCAUUGUUGAAGUUGCUGCUCUUCAACUAUGGUUUGACGCUAUGCAAACGCUCUCUCACCAACAAGGCAAUCAUGGCAGUUAGGAAGCUACGAGCAAUCAAUGGAUGAGAGCUGCAUAUAGCUUGCUGAGGUGUUGUUCUGAUUUAGACUUUGAUAUGUAUAGAUAGGCAAUAGCCUUGGAAUUCAUUUUGCUAAAUAAUCGGAUCAACAGUUAAAUACUCUGAUAGUUUUAAAUAUUCUAUAGAUACAAAUUUGUCAA